AUGCCAAUAAAUCCACACAGCACACUGGGGAUCAUCUCCGAAACCACAGUCCCGGCAUCCACGGCGACCCCGGCUCCGGAGGACUUGCGGUCCACCCCGAAGCCGAAGUCGGACAUUGGCAUUCAUAUGGCACCUCCCACGGCCGCCAACGACACGGCCCUGGUGGAGCGGCUGCGCGACAUUGUCAAUCUCGUCUACGGCGAGACGGAGGGCGACAUUUUUGUCGAGGGAUACCAGCGCGUCAGCACCGAGGAGAUGGUGGACGUUAUGCGUGCCGGACAGCUCGCUGUUGCCCAUCUCAAGACCCCGACAUCUGCGCCCUCGGACUUGUCGUCUUCAUCUCCAUCGUCGCCGGAAGCGACCAGUGCAAUCGGCUGCAUGAGGAUCCAGACCCUGCCCAACAGGACGGGCGAGCUCGGCAUGUUUGCCAUUGAUCCGCUGUACCGCGGCAGUGGCCUGGGCCGGGACAUGGUCGCCUUUGCCGAGUCACACUGCCGCUCCUCUCUGGGAUCGGAAGUGAUGCGUCUGGAGCUUCUCGUGCCCAAGAGCAACGUUGAACAUGUCUUCAAGAAGAGGUUGCAGGCGUGGUACGAGCGCAUGGGAUACGUCGUGGUCAAGCUCGGUGUCUUUCAGGACGACUACCCGCAACUUGCGCCUUUGCUCCGGGGCACCUGCGAGUAUCGUGUGUUUGAAAAGAACCUUGUAUGA